ACGAGACUGCGGAAACGGGCACACGGCAGCGGGGCGCAGGGAGCUCGGGAUGGUUUCUGUAAGAGCGGCAGGAGAAACACUCAGUGCUACUGUAAAAACGGUGGCUGGCUUCGGUUUUAGCUCCAUGAUUCACAGACUCAGUGGCUUUUGAACCUUUGCCGUCAUGGCUGCGCCAGAUCGCCAGGACGCUUCGGAACACAAAGGCCUGUCGUGCUCGGUGGUUCACUACGGCUCGACGGACAGCGGCAGCGGCAGCGGCGAGCAUGACCUGCAUGGGAGCAGCCUUGACAACCAUGGCUAUCCCACAUACGCAGCCCAGGGUCACUGGGUCAGCGCCGAUCAGGACGACGAGGACCUUCGCAGGAAGCUCAAAUACUUCUUUAUGAGCCCGUGUGAUAAAUACCACGCCAAGGGCCGCAAGCCUUACAAACUGGUGCUGCAGCUGCUCAAGAUCAUCAUCGUCACUUGGCAGUUGGUACUGUUUGGCCUCAGUAACCAAGUGGUGGUGACCUUUAAGGAGGAGAACACCAUGACCUUCAGGCAUCUGUUCCUCAAAGACUACGACGAGUCCAACGGCGACUCCUCUGCCAUUUACAAACAGCGCGACGUCUAUGAGCACAUGUUCUACGCCGUGGAGCAGUAUCUGGCCCUGCCGGAGACCACGGUGGGACGCUACGCAUACGUCUACGGCGUGGGUGUGAAUGGAAGCGCGCUCUCCCUCUGCCAGCAGUACUACAAGAAGGGCCACAUCGACCCAGCCAACGACACCUUCAUCAUAGACCCUCACGUCGUGACAGACUGCAUAGGUGUGAACCCUCUGUCUGUCCCCCCGCCUGUAUUUGGCAGCAGCUACAAAAACUUCACGCUCAAGUUUCACAAGCUCAUUAAUGUCACCAUAGAGUUCCAGUUGAAGGCAAUCAAUAUACAAACCAUUAUCAACAAUGAGAUUCCAGAUUGCUACACCUUUUACAUAAGGAUAGUUUUGGACAACAAGGCUCAUAGUGGCAAAGUGAAGAUCCGGUUAGAAAACCAGCCCACAAUAAAGGAGUGUAAAGACCCCAGCGUCUCCGGACACGCUGACAGCUACUCCCGUUUGGCGUUUGAUGUCAUUGUGUGUAUAAUGUGUCUGCUGUCCCUCGUGCUCUGUGGACGCUCCAUAAUUAGAGGCAUCGUACUGCAGCAGGAGUAUGUGCUGUACUUUAAGGAGACUCUGGACCGUAAGGUUUGCUGGGCAGACCGCAUGGAGUUCAUCAACGGCUGGUACAUCCUCCUCAUCGUCAGCGAUAUCCUCACCAUCACUGGCAGUAUCAUGAAAAUCGGCAUCGAGUCUAAGAAUAUGUCCUCCUAUGACAUCUGUGGCAUCCUGCUGGGGACCUCCACGCUCCUAGUGUGGGUGGGAGUUAUUCGCUACCUCACGUUCUUUCAGAAGUACAACAUCCUGAUCAUCACACUUCGAGCAGCUCUGCCGAACGUGAUUCGCUUUUGUCUGUGUGUGGCUGUCAUCUACCUGGGAUACUGUUUCUGCGGCUGGAUCGUCCUGGGACCGUACCAUGUAAAGUUCCGUUCCUUGGCCAUGGUUUCGGAAUGUCUGUUCUCCCUCAUCAAUGGAGAUGACAUGUUUGUGACAUUUGCGGAGAUGCAGGAGGCCAGUACUCUGGUGUGGCUGUUCAGCCAGAUUUAUCUGUACACCUUCAUCUCGCUCUUCAUCUACAUGGUGCUGUCGCUGUUUAUUGCUCUCAUCACAGGAGCCUAUGAGACCAUUAAGCACCAAACCCAGGAACCCAUCCACAUCACAGACCUGCAUGCUUUUAUAGCCGAGUGUAAAGACGCACCAAACUCUGGGAAAUUUAGGGGUCUGGAGACCUCACCGUGCUCUUUCUUCUGCUGCUGUGACAGGACCACAACAUAUGAGGACGUGCUGCUGGUGAACUGAAGUUGACCUUAGUGAUCUCUGGAGCGUCUCUAGCGCCCCCUGUCGACCACAGGGACGGACUGCACACUCCUGCCGUUUAGCGUCUGUGUACCCAAAUGCUGUAUCUGGGUCAAAUCUCAGCAUCAGCUCGCCAGACGCUGAGGGGGAGGAAUAUGAAACAGCGGUCGUCUUUUUAAACAUAAUAUUUCCAGGAACUGAGUCCAUGACGAGGAAACUGGGGCUGAUUAAAGACUGGAGCUUCCAUUUGUCAGCCACAGUAUCAAUGAAGGCACAGACUCCUGGUUUGCAGUAUUUUUUAAAAUGUAUUUAACAGUGCAAAAUGCUCAAUUUUGAGCGAGACCUGUUUUUGGUACACCAAGUGGGUACAAGUGCCAUGAUGAGGACUUCAUGUUGUUUUAUUGGUGUCAUCUGUUUUUAUGUUUGUGUUUUUUUACUUUUAUAGUAUUUUACAAUCACUUACCUUUCUGAGACAGGGAUCUUAAAGUGAGUGGUUUUUACAUUUACCAUCUACAUACAUAUACAAAAACAGAUUCUUUCACCUGUGCUCAACUCAUUAUUGCACUUCACUGCAAAAAUUAGUUGAAGGAAGGCGACAGUAGCAAGCAACAAUUUUACUACAUGUAAAUUGAUCCGGAAUGAGAGAACAACAUCCACGUUAAGAUGUUUUUUAUCAGACAGUCAAAUUGACAGCAUAAACUGCCACAGGGUGAGGUUUCGGACGCCCGAUUGAUUUGUUUGCUCCUCGGUGAGCGGCACGUACAGUAUCACAUUCUCAGAUGUGAAUCUUUGUUUCGUUCCUGCCUGCCUGUAGUGCAUUGUAUCAGGUUCAUCUGAGUAAUGAUCAGUACAAUAGCAGGCCCCCAGUCACUAAUGAGGCCCUCUAAGGCUGUGGUUAGAGCAAAGCUUUCCUGCUGAGAUGCAGACAUGUUUCUGUAAUGAUGCCAAAGUAUGUCAGUGGUUCAAGAGUUACAAAUGGUGCCUCUCUUUUUCAUCUAACUUUUUAUGAGAACAAAACUUGAAUUGCCGUACAAAGUGGAGCAGGGUUGUUCAUAGCUCAUAACAAUGAGCCUAAAAGGUAUGUUAUAGUAUAUACAUGCAUAUAUAGCUCUUUAGUUUGUUUAACUGGAUCUUUGGUGGGAAAAUUAGAACGCACAAUAGUUAGUCUCAGUCUGUUUUAGAAGAAUAGUUUGAGGUAUAAUGUCAAAUCCAAACACUAUCAAGUUAAUGGAUAAGAUUACAGUAUUGGACUGAUUUAUGUCAUUAUCUGUGUCACAUUUGAUGUAAUCAGUCUAACAGUGUGGAAAUAAAUGUUCCAAAUGUUCCAAAUGUUAAUUUUAAAUGUCAUGCAUUAUGUUGAUGUACCUGUUCUACAAUUUGAGUGUUAGAUUAUGUUUUGUUUACAGCCUCCACCUGUUCGUGCAAAUGCAAACACAGUCAUCCUUUGUCAUAUAUGUGUUGCCAAUCUGCUCAGUAAAGUUUCCUGGAUCAUCUUUGAUAAUAAAAUCUAGUUUUAUUUUUCAAGUACAAA